AUGUCUUUGGUCGCUGCUUGCUGCAACACCCCCGCCGUCGAGAACGCACACUGGCACGACAAGGGCGAGUUCGUCACCCUCUCGACCGAGAUUGCCGGUCAGAAGCGCAAGACCUACCUCACCGGACCUAAGGACUCCAAGCGUGGAAUCGUCGCCAUCUACGAUAUCUUUAGCUACCACCCCACCACCAACCAGUUCUUCGACAGAAUUGCCGAGUCGCAUGGAGGAUUCCAGCUGUCGGUCCCCGAGUUCUUCCCCGAGGGCGGCAUCCCCCCAGAGUACAUGGGCGAGGGUAGCAAGGUGAUGGGCUGGAUCGGUCAGUAUGGCGAUUACCAGAAGAACCACAUCCUCCAGGUUGCCCUGGCUGCUGUUGAGGACUUGCGCAAGGCUGGAUGCACUUCGUUCUCGCUCGUUGGACAGUGCUGGGGUGUCUUGAUGGCUGUCAAGAUUGUCUCAGAGGAGGGAACCCCCUUCUUGUCGGCUGGUGGUCCUCACCCUUCGUUCAUCUCAUUGGAGACUACCAAGGAUGUCAAGACUCCCUUGAUCUUCUUGCCUUCUAAGGAUGAGGCUGAUUUGGUCCCUGUUAUUGAGCGCAUCAACACCAAGGGCUUCCCUGUCGAGUCUGUCCACCAGCGCUUUGACAAUAUGCACCACGGCUGGACCGGAGGACGUGGCGACUGGACUAACGCUGAGCAGUUCAAGGCCGGUUUGGAGGCCGUCGAUCUCCUUGGCGCCUUCUACGCCAAGGUCGCUGCCGCCAACGACAGCAAGCUGUAA